AUGAACACCCUGAUGCUGACGACUAGUGGAGCGGUGGAAGAUCAGCCCUGUGUGGAAAGUAACAUGUCUUUCUCCUCCUACAAUAUGAUGGACUCUGGGGGAGCGGGCAUCGCGGAAUCGCCACCUACUUACCACCGCACCUACGAGCAAUACGUUCAGGGGGCGGUCGAGAACAGCACGGACUCAACCCAGGACCAGGCCAGUCCAGAGCUGGUGGUCUGGUCCACGCUGCCCUACGGACUGGACUACAGAACGCAGUACGACUACAGGAGCCCCUAUGACACCACCCGGGAUUACACCACUCAGCAGUACGCGCGGGCACCGUUCACCACCAAGAUGGGGCAAGCGAAGGCGUUGAAGGAGGCCAGGAUAAGGAGGCCCAUGAACGCGUUCAUGGUGUGGGCGAAGGUGGAGCGGAAGAAGCUGGCCGACGAGAAUCCAGAUCUACAUAACGCUGACCUGAGUAAAAUGCUAGCGGGCCUCACCGUCUCGAUACCCGACGCCCAGUCGGCCCAUUGUGCAAGUACAGAGAGAGUACAGAGGCAAGUACAUCUUGAGCAC